UCCAAAACUAAAUGAUAGAGAUUUAAAGUAACUAAGUGAACACAAAAAAUGUCCAUUUUGAUCUUCUCCAUCCUCAUUCUCUCUACUUUUUUAUCCGUCUCCGGCCAAAAAAAGCCAAGUGUUUACGAGGUUCUCCAAAACUACACCUUACCACGAGGAAUACUACCAGAAGGCGUCCGGGACUACCAGCUAAACCGAAAAACCGGGGUAUUCAAAGUUCAUUUCAAUAGCACGUGUCAGUUUCCUAUAGAGUCGUACAAGGUCAAAUACAAAUCCACAAUCUCCGGCAUCAUAUCAAGAGGACGGGUCAUGAGGCUGAUGGGCGUAAGCGUCAAAGUGCUUUUCUUUUGGCUCAACAUCUCCGAGGUGUCUCGUGACGGCGACGACGUCGAGUUCUCCGUUGGUGCUGCUUCUGAGGAGUUCUCGGCCAAGUAUUUCGUGGACAGUCCACAGUGUGGUUGUGGGUAUAAUUGUUAUAAUGGGCCCGUAUCUUCCUCUUGAAGCCCCAUGGGUCUUAAAACUGUUAUGAAUAAAUAAAAUAAACAUAGGCCUCGAAGCUAAUAUGCAUAACAAAUUAAUAAACUACAAACUGUUGUUUUAAAAAAAAAAAAUCAUGUUUCAGUAAAAUAAAAACUUUGUUAAUUCACCUUUUUAUCGAGUAUUCAAUUUCUUUAUAUUUU